AUUGUUUUGAUAUCAAAGUAUGUAUGAAACAUUACAACAAUGUGUCUGGCACAUGUGUACUUGGAUCGAGCUGCAAAUGUAUUCAUAUCUGUACAUUUUUCUUGAGUGGACGGUGUUCGAAAGGCAAUCGAUGUAGCUAUCCUCACGAUCUCUCAUCUCCCCAUAACACUGCCUUCCUACGUCAGCAUAGUUUGGACAAGGUUGACCAAAAAUGCGUUUUGUCCCGGAUACACUUCAAGCAAGGUGACCUUAGUAUUUGCACUUUUUACAACAGUGAGAGCGGUUGUAGAAAAUCGGAUGAUUGUAACUUUCUACACAUUUGUAGGUCUUAUAUUGAAAAGAAAUGCCCAUCUUCUUGUAAGUAUAACCACGACAUCUUUAAAACUAACUGUAAGAGGGUUUUGCAAAGUAAUGGUAUACGUACUGACCAACCAGCGAGAGUUAUUCUACAAGAAUUGAAACAAAAGCUGGAAAUGUCUAGUACCACAUCUACAAACCCGUCAGCAUCAGUACAAGAUUGUCCACCUCAUCCCACCGAGAAACUCAGCAUUUGUACCUAUAACAUUCGUGGUAAAUGUAAUUACGGUGAAAGUUGCAUACGAGAGCAUUGUCCGUUACCGUACAAGUGGUUCUACAAGUUAAAAAACGAUGAUGAGGCUGUUUGGAGGCCAUUCUUCGAUGAAGAGCAAGUACAACUUGAAGAAGCAUAUUGUGAUGUAUCAAACGAUAGUAUUGAAGUUACCAAUGGGAGACGGUUUACUAAUACUCAAAUCCGAGACUCAAUUGCAGUUUUAAAUUAUGACAAGAUGGAAAUAUCAGACUGUAUGGUUCUUCGCAAAUCGACAGCUUCCAGUGUCACUGAACCUCCAAAUCAUCCUUUUACAACGGAAUGGAUUUGGUACUGGGAAGAUGAUUCUCCUACCUAUAAUGAAAUAUGGAGACAAUACGGACAAAAGAACACUGUAGGUAACGCCGUGUCUGAUAAAAAUAACCACGAAUUAGAAGAAAGCUACCAAGAAUUUAUGGAUGAUUCCAAACUCUCAACCCUCAUGUUUAAUACUGGGAAACACAGCUAUAGGCUGAAUUUUACAACAAUGCAGCAAGAAAGUAUUACGUACACAACCAUCAGAAGGGUCCGGCGUCGUCCUAAGAAGCUUGUCACGAUGAUUGAUAUUUCAAACUAUAAGAAAGAUGUCAAAUUAAAGCGAGCUAAGGGUAUCAUUAAGCCAACCGGUGGUCAAGUUGAAUCAUUCGCAAACUUCCCUGAUACCUGGGAGCCAGUGGUUAACAAAUUCGACCCGGAUGCUACGUUUCAGCUAUUUGAUGUUAAGAUUGGGAGUGUGGAAUACAGUGACAUACAGCGUUCAUUCAAUGCUACUUGUCAAAACAAAGUCCUGAAGAUACAACGGGUGCAAAAUGAAGAACUGUGGGAAGACUAUACCAGAAAACGAGAAAGAAUGAACAAGAGAACAAAACAAGAUGAAAGAAGACUUUGGCAUGGAACAAGGGAGUACCAUGUGCAGGCUAUCUGCCAACAGAACUUCGACUUCCGGUGCAGUGGGUCAAGCUCCGGUACAGCUUACGGACAAGGAAGCUAUUUCGCCCGCGAUGCGAGUUAUUCAGCUAAUUAUGCAAUACCUUCAAAUGACGGCAAGCGGUUUAUGUUUCUUGCAAAAGUAUUAGUGGGUGAGUAUACUAUUGGAAACACAGCGUACAAACGACCUCCUGAGAAGCCUAAUGCGACUGGACAAGUAAAAAUUCUGUAUGAUUCUUGUGUAAAUACCAUUAGUAAUCCAUCCAUUUUCGUUAUUUUUGAUAUAGCUCAGAUGUACCCAGAUUAUCUAAUACAAUAUUAAUUGAAUUUGAUCUGUUUUUCUCUAUCGAGGAGAAAUAUGUAAGAUAGAGGUCAUCUCUAACAACAAUACUCACGAUACUUUCUUUUGUCAAUUUGUAAUGUAGCAGUAGGUCUAACUGACUGUUUAUUUUCGAUUGGAGUUUCUUAAUGUACUGCUUUAAGCAAUUAUAUUUUUAGUUAGCCAUGUAUACAUUUGUAAUGCCAUUAUAUUUUUAUAUUUUAUGAAAUAAAAUAUAAAUAAUAUAUGUAAUAGUGGUGCACGGUAGUAUCGCCAGCAAUGUACCUACGUAACAUAGUCUUAGGUUACUUGUCGCUAUUAUUAUGCAUCCGUAUAAAACUGAAAUGUGAUAAACAUCACAAUUUCAGAAUGUGGUAUUGCUAUAGUAAUGUUCCAGAGUAGUCAUAGUUUAUAUUUUUCUUUUAUUUUCUGUAUAAGUAAAUGAAAUAUAGAUCUUCAUUGAAAUAAGUUUCCGUAUCAAUUGUGUGAAAAGGUUUCUCCGGACGUCCGGACGGACGAACAAAUCAACAGUAGUUGCAAUAGGUAAUAUGAAGGCUAAAUUUAAGUUCAAAGACUGUAUAAUUUUACGAAGUACGGUAUGAGUUUGGGUUUAAGGCCGAGUUUAAUUCGAAUUCCUGACCUCGCUUUAAUUAAAGUUUAGCAUUCCAGUAUAAUUAUAUGCUUCUAUAACAUUAUCAUGUAAUUCAUUUUUUAAAGUUUUUGACUAGUGCACAAUGUUAUAGUAAGUUAUAGUGAAGUGAAAUAGUGUUAUAGUAGAGUAGUGCUACAGUGAUGUUAACUAAUAGUGCUGAUAUACAUAAUGGAAAAAUUUAUGCUAUUAAUUACCAGGGGUUCCAAGUUGUUGAAAUCAUAAUCCUGGAGAAUCUGUCAUGCAGGUCUGAUAGAGGUUUGCUACUUGUGCACGUACUGCUACAACGUGUGUAAACUUAUCUCGCAAUGCUGUAAAAAUAAAAUAAUGUACAUAGGCGUAUAUCCCGGGGGGAUGGGGGAUAUAUCCCCCCAAUAUUUGA